GGUGAAGUUGCCCCAAAACCGUCCGGGUGCGCUUCAAGAGGAAACCACCACUCAUUCCAUUUUAUAUCAAAUUAUCUUUUUCACGGGCCUACAUUCGCCCCUCAACUAUCUUAAGUAAUUAUAUUCCUUAUUGUGAUCAGUCCGAGUGAUGAAACUGCCGCGGUCCGCCUGGACUUGGAGCGCAUUCCAGGUUGAUACGGCAUUGUUUAUGUACGGCGCUGUCUCGACUGUCGCCAUUCCCGUGGAGGCAAUCACAACACCAGCACCCAAGGUCAAAGAACCACGCCCUGUACAACGAUCCAAGUCUAAGAGAACAAGCCUGAAGAGGUCACUCUCCAAGAUCUUUUGAUUUGGGAAUUCGCUAUCCUCCCUUCCAGCCACAUUGGCACAUCGCUAUGAGUUUGCAUGGACUUGGGGUAAUUGGGGCCCAAGUGGCCGCAUCGAUCAAAAUUGCCGACGAGAAAAUCCCUACCACGCCUAAGAUCGCGCCCCCACGAUGUUCCAUUACAUCUUCGCCUGGGGCUCACAGCCAGGAGUUUGAUCCAUCGAUUGGUGCAAAGCCAUGCUCGCCUUUCUAUCCUCAUUCAAGCCCAACAAUCUCACACGAACAACUCACCUUCGAAACAAAGAAUGCCAAUCGGAGAAGCCAUAUGAGAGACAUCGAAAGCUUGGGCCCAUACGCGAGCUGCCGAACCGAUAGUCCCCGACGAUCGAAGUUGUGGGAGGAAGAGAACAAACCAUUGACAUGGUUGCAGAGCUUGAGUAACAAACAAAGAAUGGCACUGAAGGCAGUCGUGGCUGUGGUAACAGUGGGGACUAUGAUUGCGAUCGCGUUGGGAAUCACUGCGGCGGUGGGAGGAGCAGGUUGGAAAGCGAGUGCCGAAAAAACGGCAUCUGGGGGAUGAGUUCCGAUUACUAUUUUACAACUUUUGAUUCGGGGCGACAAGAAACCCGAUCAGCGUUAUGAUUCAAUUCCCAACUUCCCCGACCUAAAUUAGGUGACCCUGUUUGUUUCUUCUUUCUCUUGGAAGAUGCUACGGAGAGCUGGAGUUUAGGGGGAAGCAUCGGUUAUUCUUAAUUGGAGGUUAUCCUACUAGUCUACAGCAAUGGCAUGUCUUAUUCCGGCUUGAUCAGCAUCUGGCGAAUAUUGAAUUGGACAUGUCAUAGAGC